AUGGACGCCCCCCGGGUGCAGGCAGGUAGGCGUCUCGGACUGAUCAAUAUCCACGGGGUCUUCCCUGCUAGACUAUUAGCGACGUACCCGAAGGUCGACCAUGCGCUGGUUACCAGGGCAUCUGCGGUGCUAAGAAGAUAUAUCUCCGCCAACGCCUUCACGUCAUGCGCUUCGCUCCCCGUCUGCUGCUGCUCCUCGUGGCUCGGCUGGUGGAAGCUGACGUUCACCCCGGUGGAUGCAGCACGUCCACUGUAG